UUCAAUCGAUCCGGAUGACAUAACCUCACUCGACUUUUACGUGUUUUGCAUCAUUUUCACUCGGUGUUUCUCGAAAAAUCAUGCAAUCCUUGCUAGUGCGGUCUGCCUCGACCCUAUUUUCGCGAACACCGCUGCUUUGCUCUCGUUCCAUUCUGCGAAAUGAGGGAUUCGCGAGAAAUCUACACUCACAGAGGUUUUCAAAGCCGUUCACUUUACAGAGAACUGCUCUCGCAACUCGAACACCCUUGUUGAUAGCAUUCCGACGGUCAGCAAAUCUCCCAGAAAAGUCCCGGAAGAGCGUCGGCUACUGGCUCCUAGGAUGCAGUGGAAUGGUGUUUGUGGCUGUUGUUCUAGGCGGUGUGACGAGACUGACAGAAUCCGGUCUUUCGAUGGUAUCCUGGAAGCUCCUUGGCGAAAAGAGACCCUCAACAGAAGCUGAAUGGGUAGUGGAAUUCGAAAAGUACCAACAAUUUCCAGAAUUCAAAAUAAAGAAUCCCAAUAUGACUCUCGCAGAGUUCAAGUUCAUCUGGUACAUGGAGUACAUCCAUAGGACCUGGGGACGAGCCAUUGGAGCCUUUUACGCUCUUCCCGCCAUAUAUUUCUGGACACGAGGCCGCUUUGCGAAAUCCAUGAAGAUUCGAGUAGUGGCAUUUGGCGCACUGAUUGGCAUCCAGGGUCUCAUGGGAUGGUACAUGGUGAAGUCAGGCCUCGAGGAUCGCUUCCACGGGGAGUCAGAUGUGCCACGAGUGUCUCAGUAUCGCCUUGCCACGCAUUUGUCUUUCGCCUUCAUCCUCUACACGCUCUUCCUCUGGUCGGCGCUGGAUCACCUCGUGCCUGCCCAGAAAUUGACUGGCACCGUGACUCAGGCAGCCAUCAAAUUCCGCCGUCUGGCGCACGUGACGAAAGGCAUGGUGUUUCUCACGGCGCUCUCGGGAGCCUUCGUGGCGGGCCUGGACGCCGGAUUAGUGUACAACUCCUUCCCACUGAUGGCAGAUCGCUGGAUUCCCUCCGACAUUCUCGCAUUUUCACCAACUCUACGGAACUUCACAGAGAAUCCCACAACUGUGCAGUUCGAUCAUCGCGUCCUGGGCAUUUCUACACUCUCUCUCAUCUCAGGCCUUUACCUCCUCUCCCGGAAGCGAAUCCUGCCGCCCAGAGCACACACCGCCGUGGCCGCAGUGAUGAUGAUGGGAUGGCUUCAGGUGCUGCUGGGCAUCACCACGCUCAUCACACACGUUCCCACAGCCUUGGCCGCUAGUCACCAGUCCGGCUCGCUGAUCCUUCUCUCGAUGGCCGUGUGGCUCACGCACGAGCUGAAGCAUGUGAAGAGACUUGCAAAAUGAUGGUCAAAAAUAC